AAGGCGAUUUCUCCCGUGCUUCUAGUCAAUUUCUCUCUUGGGAACUUGACCAAAAGGUCGGGUUCUGCACUUUUUGUUCUUCGUUACCUUCCUCUACGAAUACUACCCCUCUAUCCAAGGGAAGCAUCAAAUAUGCGUUCAUUCUUUCUUCUGCCUUUGUUUGCUAUACUGCAGAUAUGUCAGGCUUUCAGCUCGCCGGACAUAUACAAAAUCACGCAGCCUGCGGGUGCGAGUCCGGAUCUGGGCAAAGAUAGUCAGCCUCCUACUGUACCAUCACAAUCGAGACAUGCAGCUGGACCAAGCUCUGGGCUCAACAUAUUCCUACCAAACUAUCAAGCAGAUCCCAAUUGGAUCCCACUGACUCUGUCCCUCAAGACAGUCGGAUUGCAAGUCAAGGUCAUCCAAUCGCUCAACAUCUCUUCGCAAUGCCGGAAUUUGCUCGUCUACACCUCUCCGAGCGUGAGCUACAGCCCGAGCUCUGCCGAUGUCUCAACCUUGACCUCCUUCGUGGCCAAGGGUGGCAGGCUGAUCUUCAUGAACCAAGUACCCGCAGUGCUACAAGCUCUUGCUGGUGUAUCUGCGUCUACUGUAGACACGAGCGGUUCCAGAUCCGUCCUGCAGUUGACGAACACUGAGACACCCGUGCAAGCUCUCCAAGGUUUCGACUUCACCGAGUACUACGAUGUCAACAUGCCAUUCUUUGAGAACUACACCGAGACCGGUCUUAUCAAUGUUGGCUACACGCCUACCAAUGGCUCACAGAUACUGGGCAAAUAUCUAGUUCGCGACGACGGUAUCGAUAGCGCAGACACAUCCGCUACGAGCGCAGCGAUUGUCAAGCAUCAGCCAUCUGGCGCGAGCGGAUAUGUAUACAGCUUCGGUAUGGACCUCGGAUAUCUUUUUAUCCAGGCUCAGGCCGAAGCCGGCGGGUACUCGCCAUUUUAUGAUGGACAUUACUACCCUGGAUACGACAUUGGAACUCGUGUCAUCAAAAAUAUCGUUGCCUCCAGCCCCCAUUUUGUGAGUCUAUGGUCUGUUCCAUACAACAAAGGGCUCGCUUUCACCACUACUUGGGACAUCGAUACCUACGUCUCGUACCCCCAUGGCCAGGGUAUAGCAGCUGCUGCACAGGAUAGAGGCGCCGCGGGUAACUUGAACCUCCAUACCAAAUACGUCACCGAUGCUUAUGAGACUGCGUACUUCCAGUAUGGCGUUCCCUACAUCUACCAGAUCAGUGGAUUUCGAACGGCUCCUGAUGGAAACCCAUUCAUCGACUUUGGUAGCCAUACUGUCAGUCACUCGCCCAAUGCGGCGGGAUUCGAAUAUGGCACGCUUCAGGAACGAUUCAUCCAAGGAAGUACUGACGGUUAUUACCCGGUUAUUCACCAGUGCGGACCGAAUGCUGACGGCACACCCACUAAUGGAGAGAUAUGCACGAAGGGUGGUACUAGUGGGCUCUCUUUCUACACGUCAGGUGCUUCCGCAUCGGGGGAGGUCCGCGUCAGCGCCUACUUGAUCCGGCAUAUACUCCACGAUGAGUUCAAGACUGGCUACAACAUGACGACCUACCGUCCGGGUAACCUUGCGUGGAGCAAGUACCAAGCCACGCAUUGCGUCGCGAACGGAAUCAUCGGUGGCUCUUCAUGCGCAGGCAACUCCCAUCUUACUCAUCUUCCUUUCCAGGUUACACACAACCGCGAGUCGUUCCAGGAGCUUCCAUACUAUGAGUUCCCUCUCCAAUGGUCUGAUGGAGACGGCAACAUGAGCAGCGCCGAUUUCCCGGGUUCGGACUUUGCGAACCAGAUCAAGUACAUUGAAAAGAUGGCUCGGUAUGGCGGCCACUACAACAUCUUGAUCCAUCCGUCAGACGCCCUCUUCGACAAGAUCCAAAUCCAACGCGCGCUCCACGAUAGGGUGCGUCCAUACACUGUCUACUUCAACCAGACGGGUAUGGCCAACUGGUGGACCAACCGUGACCGCGCUGUUGUGGAUAUCACCGCAGCAGACAACUCAUCUGCGGUGAUGACGGUUCGUUUGGAUGGCGUUACAGAGGGGCUUACUCUACAGGUUCCUCGCAACUAUGCCCUACAGUCUGCCUCGGGCUCUCUUUUCGCUUGCCAGCAGCUUUCAUACGAUAAAGCCACCAACGCAGUCGUACUUCGCAACACGGCAAAGGGAUUGUAUACGCUUUACUUCGCUGUUGGCGCCAGUAACGCCACCGCCUCUACGUGUCCCGACUUCACCCCAAAGCCAAUCGGAGACACGGAGUGCAUAGCAUGGGACGUGAUGAUUGACGACUUUCUCGAGCUCUACUUCGGCAGCAACAACGUUAAUUUACUUCUAUUGCAGACUGCUGCAACUGGACUUUCGUCGAACAACGUUGAUGGUACUUUACAACUCACCGCUACUACGGACAGCGGCGUCAACUCGUACUACACUGAGAUCUCACGCUUCUGCUUCGACGCCACUAUCUACACGCAUCUGUAUUUCGACAUGGUCGCUCCUCAAGGAAGCACAUUCUACGUGCAACUAGUCUCGUACGAUACUGGGUGCAACUUCGAACAGCCAAGUGCGACAUACUUGGACGUCACUAGAUACGCCCCCGCCGAUGGCUCGAACCAUACUGUCACCAUACCGUUAGCUGACUUCAAAGGACAAGACAUGAAGCAUGUUCGCGGGAUACGCAUCGGUAACAUCUCGCCAGCUCAGACACCUAUCUACAUCGACAAUCUCAAGAUCCAAAAGCGAUGUGUAACAGCACCAGGAGAGGACCGCACUCCAGGCCUUGCGAUUGAGUCAUUCCAAAAUGUCGACCGAUGGAUUACUGGUAUCAACAAUAUCUUUGGUCAGACCGAUUACAACAACUCGAUGACGUUCGCGAAGCUUUCUGAGCUGGGUAGAAUGCAGUUGUUGCCGUCGAGCGCAGACUCGUUCUUCUAUACCGAUACCAUGGUCGAUGGAGCUACCUUGAACGCUACCGCAUAUACUGGCGUCUCUUUGAAUGCGCGCGGCCCGCCCGGCGGCUCUUUCGAUGUGGUAUUGAGCUCAGGCGAUGGCAAGACUGCCACUGUCAACACCAAGUCUUAUGCGAGCUUGAGCCAGGACAACUUUUCCAACAUCACUAUCCCCCUGUCGGCAUUCUCCGGGAUCAACACGGAUUCGGUCGGCCGUAUCACACUACGUAACUUCACGCCCAAUGGUGGUUCUGCGGCCAGUAACUUCACGAUGCGAUGGAUCUCUCUUCUAGGUGGACCUUCCACGAUUGGUGCUGGCCCUCGUUGCCCAGCUCCCACUGGCUUCGUUGUGAUGAACUUCUGCGAUCCGAACGAGUUCAAAACACAAACCAAUGCUUUGGGUGCGGCUAUCUCUGACGACCGAACGAUGCAAUCCUAUAAACAGACUAGCCGCGGAUACGUCGACCUCGUACCCCGCGACGCGACAUCUUACUUCUACUCACUGCUCGCAAAGCCGUCCGAGUGCAGAGCGGUGAAUAGCUCUUACGAUGCGAUCAUUCUCACUGUCUCAGGCCCGCAAGACGCGACCGCGAACAUCGGGUUCAGAUACGGUACUGAUGGUUGCACCACCAAUGUAGUCACGUCUUACGUUCCGAUUACAUUCAACGCCGCGUCGACACAGCUCACAAUUCCAUUCUCUCGUUUCCCAGCUACCUUCAACCAAGAAUACCUUCAGUCAUUCGUCAUGACCAACUUCAACUCUCCCGGCUCGACUUAUCGCAUUCACUCUCUCGUCUUCACAGGCCCGGCUAAUAGCCCUGGUUGCGCACUCUGCUCAGGCACCAUCCUGAACACCUGCACAUUCGUGCCCGAAGUCCCGCGGGUCAACCGACUCCUCGGCCAAAUGACUGACGAAGGUUCUCUCGCUUCGUAUUCUGUCGACAGCGACGGCUCGCUCGUCUUGGGUUCUAAGAGUGGCUCAUACUGGUACUCCCAAUUUGACAACAGCGGAUGCUACAAUGCGAACACACUCAACGCGACGGGCAUCCAACUGUCCAUCGCCGCUCCGGCAGGCACCACCUUCCGGGUUACCAUGCGCUGGAAGACAGACGAGGAGUGCACUACACUGUCGCCCCCGUCCUCCGUUCCCAUCACUUCCUUCGUUACAUUCACCAGCGCCGACGCAUACCAAGUUGCACAGAUCCCCUUUGCCGACUUCUCCGGCAUGAACACCAGCAGACUCGACAGCGUCGCACUUUCGACUUUCAACCCCUCUGACGUCGACGUCAAGGUCGGUUGCAUCAGCUUGAUCAACGUCGCAGCCACACCCUCACUUCAGACAUGCAACUGCCCCGACGACGCAUGGCUGAACUACUGCACACCCGGCGUCGCAAACCGCAACAACCACGGCUACGUCCAAAGCGACGAUGGCACCAUGGAAGUCGCACCAGUCGUCACCGACGGCGCUUUAGUUCUCCAACCCAGCGUGACAGGCUCAUACUGGUACUCGCUCCAGAACUGCGCCGACGUCUCCGCGUCUCAAUACCUCAUUCUCAACGUCACGGCGAGUGCGGGUGCGAGCUUCAACGUGCAGUUGCAGAGUGGAGGCUUUGGCUGCGAUGGCCAGACAGCGAUACAGAGACUCAGUGUUGCGACUGCUGCGUAUGGCAGUAUGAACGGUAGUCCUGUUGUGCUGAGGAUACCGCUGAGUGAUUACACGAAGAUGAACAAUGGCGCUUUCUCGUUGGAGAAGAUUGAUGCUGUUGCGCUGGAGGGUUUCAGCGCUGAGACUUCUAAGUAUCUUAUUCAUUGCGCGUACUUUAGUAGUGGGGUGGGGAAUCAGACGGCGCCGGUAAAUGGUACAGCGACGUAGAUGUAGUCGCUGAUAGACAUUAAUUCUAUUGUUUUGUUCAUUUCGCGGUUGGAAUACCAGUAGUAAGUAAAACUGCACUCUCAAGCAAUGUAAGAU